UUUGCUUGAUUCAUUUCCGGUUGUCUCUGUUCAUUAACAACGGAACUAAAGAAAAGUGAAAUAAAAGACAAACAGAAGUUGUCAAACGGAAUAGCCUUAAAACAUUUUGGCUGACAUAUAAAAUACUUUGGCUCAUUGUGUAGUUAAAAGAGCAGUCCAGAAUGACAGAAAAAAAACUGAUCUUUGGUGUUUUAUUACUUCUGAAGCUGCCAGUUUGCUGUUGUUUUUAUAGCCAAAAUACCUUACCGGAUAUUGAAAAUGCAGAGUUUAUUGAAGAAUGUGUCAGAGUGCAUAACAGAUUCCGAUCCAGUGUGGAUCCACCAGCUAGCGACAUGAAGCGGAUGAGCUGGGACCACGAUCUUGCAAAGACUGCUCUUGGCUGGGCAAAGAUGUGCAUAUUUGAUCAUAAUCCUGAUCUCCAAUCACCAGGGAAGGCCCACCCAAACUUCACAAAUGUUGGAGAAAAUAUUUGGACUGGAACCCUUUCGUAUUUUAAUGUGACUAAAGCCCUCACUCAUUGGUACAAUGAAGUCCAAUAUUACAAUUAUGCUACUCGAAACUGUAAACAAGUAUGUGGACAUUAUACUCAGAUGGUUUGGGCAACAACGUACAAAGUUGGCUGUGCUGUUCACUUUUGUCCUAGAGUACAAGGCUUUACUGGACCUAACGCUGCACACUUCAUUUGCGACUAUGGACCUGGUGGGAAUUAUCCAAGACAGCCAUAUAAAUCAGGAGUAGCAUGCAGUGAAUGUCAUGGAGAGCCUUGCGUAGACAGACUUUGUGGUAAAGUAUGGAUGAAGCCACAUUGUGAUCUGUACUGCAUCAUCAUUCUAGUCCUGAGAACAUCUUCAUUUUUAAUUACUUUUGUAGUUGUCUUUGUUCUGAAGCAACAUUAUCCCAGCCUAUUUAUGUAUAAGUAAACUGGAACAAAAAAU